AUGUGGUUCUGCCUAUACUGGAUGCCCUCUGGCUCAUCAGUACAACAAUUCACUAGCCCUACGAGUCCGCCGAGUACGCUUAAAGGAGAACCUGGCUCUGGGAUCCUCAAUGUUGUCGACGCAGAGACUCGGUUCGGAAUCUCGGAUAUCACAGAUUAUCAUUCAUAUUUUGCAAGCCCUCGUGGGUUCGUGUUCCGCGCUCGCUUUCGAAACGAUCCUGAGCCUUUACGAUUUGUUUUUUGCCCGUUGCAAAUCGACGCUAGUCGCCUUUCUGAAGCCGAUCGAAAACGCCUUCAGAUGUAUGUUGAUAGAGUGAAACUAUUGGUGCCAGAAAAUCAUUGGGGAGCACUCGAUGCGAAACCCGAGUAUAGCCUGGUUCUUUUUGGUAAAGAGGAUAUGCCUAGCAAGAUGGGGUAG